GCCAGGCUGGUUUUGGGGGGACCCACUAUUACAUUUAUUUAGGGGGGGGAGUACUACAACCUCUAUUGAUCUUCCUGCAUCCUCUCUCUCCUUGACUUCAAUGUUCUGAUUCUGGCAAUCAUGUUCCAUUCUUCAACUCAAAGGAAGCCUCGCCCGAUGAGUUUCAUUCCUGACGAUGGCACGGCGUGGCAGAGAACAAUCGACAGCCGUAUCGUGCAGCCUUCACCAAGCCCAAGAGGCGCUCCCACGGCCGGUGAAACCGAGCUGUCCUCGAUUCCUUUCGCACCCAACCGCUGGCCGAGAGGGGUGCAUGGCAAUGACUACACUUCACUGAAACAUUCCACAGAUAUCUCGCCACCGGAUAGUAAAGACACCAAAGAUGCUCCCUUGGUCUCAGUCGAAUUCAGGGGGUUCCGUUCUUGCUCAGACAUCUUUCCACCCGACAAUGUCGUGAUACCCUAUGGCGAGGCGCCAAAAGUGGCAAUCAAACGAGGACUGCGAGGAAACUGGAAGAAACUGGUACCGCACAUAAUUGCAGUAUUCGUCACUCUGGCAGUGUGCCAGCUCAGCUUCAGAAAUGUGUACUGGAUGGAUCUUCGACCGCCAGACGAGCCGGUUGCAUUUGGCCUCACACAAGGCGGAGCACUGAACUUCCUCCAACUGGCUGCGAAACUCCAUGAACUGCUGAUACUGGCGUCAGUAUCAGCACUUGUACUUCACGCGAUCCAAGCGCAACUAACUGGACGAUCAGGCCUACCUCUUGGAAUGAUAGCCAAUGCUUUCGAACUUAGCUCUGCUCAGUUCCUGCGUCGGAAAUCAUUUUGGUCAUUCUUGUGGUCAGUGGGCCCUUCUACUGGCAAGGGACUCCCUUAUAUGCAUUUCUGGCUGCUUUCACUGUUCUCAACAAUACUUGUUACACUUGCGGGUCCGUCUUCAGCGAUUGCCGUCAUACCGACUCUAAACUACUUCGACCUUCCUCGUCCAUUCGUCACCCCAUUAGUGCCAUACUACGUCUGGAACGUCAGCACUGAGCUCUGGCCAAAAACACUCAGUGCUGCCAGUCUCAAUGCCCCGAACAGUGGAAUACCUUGCAAUGACCCGAAUUCGGAUCCAGAGCAAGAAAUUUGCCCGGUUGGAGGCUUCAGAGAUACGUACGGCUGGGCUGGUGGGUUGUUAUUUACAGAUACUGACACGGGUGCGAAUAUCACUUUUCCUGAUGCGACGGGGGCCACGAGGAGAGUUCUAUCUGCUCAGAGCUGCAAUAGCACUUUCGAUGGACGAGCAUCUGCGGUGUCUCUCAAUUCGUUCAUAAGUGGUGCCUUGACGUCUUAUUGGAUAUUCGCUCAGCAAAACUUCCACGGCAUUGCCUUGGAAGCUGCUCAACCGCAUAUCAACAUCGACUCCGAAACGCCGAUCUUUGCACCCCGAGUUGAAUCAAUGUGCAAUUCAUACUCGAAUUAUAACUUCGACCCCGAGAAUCCAGAAAAUCAAACUAACAUGGUGUUCCCAUCAUUUGGGGGAGCAAGUCCCAUCCAGGUCCCAGACUGGGCAUACAAAUACAGCCGUCCACAAAACGCAUCAAAUUUCACCUUUGUUGAGAUACCCGGCACUGGCCCGGAAUCGCCGUCUCUUGGUGCCGUUCUGGCACUUCCUCUGAUCGAAAACAUCAACGGUGCUUGGGUCCAAACCACCGAGAAUCUUGCAUGCAGCAUAUAUUCAUCAUGGAUCCCAGUCGAUGCUUUUUACGAACCAACCGUCAAUGACCAGGUCUCUUAUGGUAUCCGCGGCAGUAUGUCUGACACAUGCCUUGACACUCCUGUCGAUGCGUCCUCUGGAAGGCAAUCGAUCAACACCACAAUUGACAUCGAGUACGCGAAUGCAAUCAACCAACCAAUUGCCUUUAUUACGGGGAACCUCCCAGCCCUCCUAGGGAUUUACCAACGCUUCAUUUACAACGACAGCAACUACAUCCCAAACGGCGUGAUCUUCAAAGCGCCAAUACCAGGUGUGGCCGGAGUGGUCGUAACAGAUGACGUUGCUCGAAGACAACGAGCAAAACUCGUCAGUACCGUCCUCGCCGGAGUCGUGACGGACGGAUUGGCUCGCAAUGUAGGAGAUGGCUCCUAUCCAUUCAGCGCGCCUUUCUUCCUGCUCCCAAAUAAAACAGCAGACGGAACCCUUCAAGGCCGGUUUGUGUUCACAAGUGCAACUGGUGGUGAAGAUGAGCCACUUAACACGACAAACAUCGCAGAUACAGAGAAGUGGCUACGACUGAACCCCACGUUUCAGCGAUAUGGGUACGGCUACCACUGGGGGGGAAGCCGAACUACACAAUUCGGGAUCUCUGUACUCCUCGUGCAUCUGGUUGUGGCUAUUGCCCACAUGGCGUACGUUUUGAGGGAAAUCAUGUGGAAGGAUCGAGGACUUCCUGGAGCGUGGGAAACGAUUCCGGAGUUCUUUGCGCUGGCGGUGAACUCGGGUCCAAGUGAGAAGUUGCACAAUACUUGCGCGGGUAUCAGUGAGAGCAGGACGUGGAAUGAACCAGUUGCGGUGAGGGAAGCAAGUGAAGGGCAUUUGGAGAUGGUGUUGGGGAGGAAUCAGAUGCUGCAGAUGCCGAUGGCGAGAGCUGGGAUGAUAUACGGCGCCUUGCCAGAGACCUGAUCUCAAUAAAAGAAGAGACAGAACUUCAAGAAACGUUCCAAGCACAGAAAGAACAACUGGAUCGUCGACCAACUUGUUCAAGGUCGGCGGAUAGCUGUCUCCCGUUCCCCAAAACAGUGAAAGUCUAGAAAGACCGCCAGACCAGCCCUGAUGUGAAACAAGAACUGUGGACUCUUGUUCAUAGACAGUUCGUUUCGCC